AUGGGUCCAACGCGUAUCAUCCUCGACACAGACCUGGCGAUGGGUGCAGGAUCAGAUAUUGAUGAUGGAUUCGCGUUGGCACUGGCACAUGCUGAUCCCGAUAUCCAACUGGACAUGAUAACGACAGUGCAUGGAAACACAGACGUCGAAAGUGCGACUAUCCUCACCGGGGUGUUGAUGAAACGACUCGGAAUAGAAGAUACACCACUGUACAAAGGAGCAGCCACCCCCAUGAUACAUCCCGACAAGGUCCGCGAGCCUUCGCCACAUGUUGAGGCAAUGAGACAUGAUGGAUCGAGGAUCGCCCCGUCAACGGGUUACGCUCCCGUGACAAUCGUCGAACAUGUCAUGCGGCAUCCCGGCGAGAUCACUCUGGUGGCUAUAGGACCACUGACCAACAUUGCUAUUGCCAUUUUGUUGGAACCUCGAAUGGUGACAGCCGUCAAGGAACUCGUCAUCAUGGGAGGAUACUUCAUGGAAGCUGCUCGAACGGUAUUGAAAUCAGGUAUAAAACAACGCUGGGUCGGUCUUGACGUCACGCUUCAAUGUCAUCUAUCUAUACAAGACGCUGAGCAAUUGGCGAGUAGUCGAUCCUCUUUCGCUCAAUUCGCAGGUCAAGCAACGAUUAAAUGGAUCAAUUACCUGGCGGAAACGUAUCCUGGUCGAAGCAAAUCCACCUCUUGUGCCAUGCACGAUCCUCUUGCAGUCGCUGUCGUCUCUCAUCCGGAAAUAUGUACCUUCAACGAAAUGUACGUCGACAUCGUCACUGGGACGGGAUUAGCUCGAGGGGUUAUGGUCAGCGAUCGGUUGAAAUCCCGGGAUCCACCAAAGGCGAAUUGUUCUGUCGCGGUCGAAGUGGAUGCGGAAGGAUUCAGGAAGCAUUUCAUGGGCUUGAUAGACAGGUUGUAG